CCUUCCUUCCUCACCAUUUGGUCCCCAGAUCUUAUUUUCACUCCAAUUCAUUUCUCAAUCAAGCUAAACCCUAAAUCUAGCUCCCAACAAAAAAAAAAACCAAUUCCUCAAAUCAACCCGUAAUCGCCGUAGCCCAAAACGCGAAAAAUCGCCUCGAUAGGCUCUUGAUUUUGAGGAAGACACUUGAAUGGAUAAUAACAAUUGGAGGCCUUCUCUUCCAAAUGGAGAUCCUGCCAUGGAAACUGGUGACUGGAGAGCUCAACUUCCACCUGAUUCUCGCCAGAAGAUUGUGAACAAGAUAAUGGAAACACUAAAGAAGCACCUUCCAUAUUCUGGACCAGAAGGGAUAAAUGAGCUCAGGAGGAUUGCUGCCAGAUUCGAGGAGAAAAUUUUCAGCGGCGCUGUUAACCAGACUGAUUACCUUCGGAAAAUAUCCAUGAAGAUGCUGACUAUGGAGACUAAAUCGCAAAAUGCAGCUGGCUCUUCCUCAUCUAUCCCUGCCGCUAAUAAUGGCACAUCUAUGGAUUCAAUGCCUACCAAUCAAGGGAACCUUCUUCCAGGAACGUUACCAAACAAUCAAUCUCAAGCACCUCAGCCGUUGCUGCCCCAAACCAUGCAGAACAAUACAGCCUCUGGAAUGAUGGGUUCUUCUGCUUUACCAUCCUCCAUGCCGCCGGUUUCUUCCAUAACCCAUAAUAAUAACGUCACAAACGUUGUGAACCAGAAUUCCAAUAUGCAAAAUGUAGCCGGAAUGUUGCAAGAUUCAUCUGGGCAACAUGGCCUUUCAUCGAACAACAUGUAUUCUGGAUCCCAAAGGCAGAUGAUGGGCAGGCCGCAUGAUAUGUCUUCACAGCAGCAGCAGCAGCAGCAGCAGCAACAGCAGCCUCAGAGUGCACAAUAUCUUUAUCAGCAACAGCUACAGCAGCAACUUCUCAAGCAGAAUUUUCAGUCAGGGAAUGUUCCUAAUCCCAGUUCGCUUUUGCCAUCACACAUGCAACAACAGCAGCAACAACAAAAUGUGCUGCAGCCUAAUCAAAUGCAUUCGUCUCAGCAGUCUGGUAUUCCAACAUCUGCGACGCAGCCCUCCUCUGUGAGCUCAGCUCCUCUACAGGGUCUCCACACAAAUCAGCAAUCAAGUCCCCAAUUACCUGGGCAGCAGACUACGACACAGGCUAUGCUUCGUCAGCAUCAAUCUUCGCUGCUAAGGCAACAUCCGCAAUCACAACAAGCCUCUGGAAUCCAUCAGCAGCAAACUUCAUUGCCGCAGCAGUCAAUUUCUCCUCUACAACAGCAGCAAUCCCAAAUGAUACGGCAACAAGCUGCAAAUAGCUCAGGGAUCCAACAGAAGCAGAUGAUGGGACAGCAUCUUGUUGGGGAUAUGCAACAGCAACAUCAGCAAAGGUUAUUGAACCAACAAAAUAAUAUGAUGAACAUGCAACAGCAGCAGACCCAGCAGCAACCGCUGCAGCAGAAGCAACAGCCACCGGCCCAGCAAUUGAUUAAUCAACAAAACAGCCUUCAGGCUACGCAUCAGCAACCGCUGGGCACUCAAAGCAAUGUUACCGGAUUGCAGCAAAGCAAUGUUACCGGAUUGCAGCAACCACAACAACAGUUACUCAAUUCCCAGGUUGGCAAUUCGAACUUGCAGGCUAACCAGCAGUCGGUGCACAUGUUAUCACAGCCAACGGGGAUGCAACGAACACAUCAGGCUGGCCAUGGCAUGUUUCCUUCUCAGGGCCAACAGUCGCAGAAUCAACCAUCCCAACAGCAGAUGAUGCCCCUUCAGUCGCAUCAUCAGUUAGGUUUGCAACAGCAACCUAAUCUGCUACAACAGGAUGUGCAACAAAGGCUACAAUCUUCAGGCCAAGUCACAGGUUCCCUGCUUCCACCUCAAAAUGUCGUGGACCACCAGAGACAACUAUAUCAAUCCCAAAGAGCCCUUCCAGAGAUGCCAUCGUCAUCGCUUGACUCGACGGCACAGACGGAAAAUGCAAACGGAGUUGAUUGGCAAGAGGAGGCUUUCCAAAAGAUCAAAACAAUGAAAGAGGCGUACUUGCCAGAUCUUAAUGAAAUCUAUCAGAGAGUUACAGCCAAGUUGCAGCAAGAUUCUCUUCCACAGCAACAAAGAUCAGAGCAGUUUGAGAAAUUGAAACAAUUCAAGACAAUGUUGGAACGAAUGAUACAAUUCCUAUCCGUUUCAAAGAGCAAUAUCGUGCCUGCAUUAAAGGAUAAGGUGACUUUUUAUGAGAAGCAGAUUAUAACUUUCUUAAAUAUGCACAGACCGAGGAAACCAGUACAGCAAGGGCAGCUUCCGCAAUCUCAGAUGCAGCCUAUGCAGCAACAACAGUCGCAGAACGUUCAAGAUCAGUCUCAUGAUAGUCAAACAAAUCCGCAGAUGCAAUCAAUGAGUAUGCCGGGUUCUUCUGGGCAAAGGGCACAACAGAGUAGUCUGACAAAUAUGCAGAACAGUCUUCUAUCAUCUCGUCCUGGAGUUUCAGCUCCACAGCAGAACAUUCCAAGUUCCAUACCAGCUUCUAGUCUAGAGUCAGGCCAAGGUAAUGCACUGAACAAUGGCCAGCAGAUUGCCCUGGGAUCCAUGCAACAAAAUACUCCUCAACAAGUAAAUAACAGUUCUGUAUCUACUCAAAGUGGGUUAAGUACACUGCAGUCUAAUGUUAAUCAAACCCAGUUAAGUUCUAGUUUGCUUCAGCAACAACACAUGAAACAACAGCAAGACCAACAAAUGACGCAGCAGUUCAAACAGCAGUUGCAACAGCGUCAGAUGCAGCAGCAGCAGCAGCUGCUACAGAAGCAGCAGAUAAUUCAGCAACAGCUGCAAGCAAGACAGCAAGGGGCGCAAAAUGAUAUGAAUGAUUCGACAGCGAGGCAGGGAAUGAAUGUCGGCCGUGGGAUGUUUCAGCAACAUUCUCUGCAGGGUCAGCGUGCUAAUUAUCCCCUUCAACAGUUAAAACCAGGAUCCCAGCUUCCUGUUACGUCGCCUCAACUUAUGCAAGGUGCAUCUCCUCAGAUGAUACAACAACAUAUGUCUCCUCAGAUCGACCAGAAAAAUGUGAUGUCAUCUGUCAACAAGAUGGGAACUCCAUUGCAACCUGCAAACUCCCCUUUUAUUGUCCCAUCUCCUUCAACCCCCUUGGCACCGUCCCCUAUGCAAGUUAACUCUGAGAAACCUUCUGGAGCUUCUUCGUUGUCAAUGGGAAAUACUGCACGCCACCAAGCAACUGGCAUGCAAGGUGUAGUUCAGUCCCUUGCAAUUGGCACUCCAGGGAUCUCUGCCUCUCCUCUCCUUCAGGAGUUUGAUGGAAAUAAUUUAAAUCCUUUGAUAAGUACAUCUGGAAAACCAAGUGGGACUGAGUUGCCUAUGGAACGCCUUAUCAGAGUCGUGAAGUCCAUCUCACCACAAGCACUUUCUUCUGCAGUAAGCGACAUCGGAUCUGUUGUAAGCAUGGUUGAUAGAAUAGCUGGUUCAGCCCCAGGAAACGGUUCAAGAGCUUCAGUUGGCGAGGACUUGGUUGCAAUGACUAAGUGUCGCCUCCAAGCAAGAAACUUCAUGACGCAAGAGGGAAUGAUGGCGACCAAGAAAAUGAAGCGUCACACAACCGCGAUGCCAUUAAGCGUUUCUUCGUUAGAAGGAAGCGUUGGUGACAACUACAAGCAGUUUGCAUGUUCGGGAACAUCAGAUCUGGAAUCUACUGCGACUUCUGAUGGCAAGAAGGCAAGAACUGAGACCGAGCAUGCCCUAUUGGAGGAAAUCAAGGAAAUAAACCAGCGGCUGAUAGAUACAGUUGUUGAGAUUAGUGAUGAUGAAGAUGGUGCUGAUCUGAGUGAGGGAGCAACAGCAAGGAAAGGGUGUGAAGGAACAACAGUAAAAUUUUCGUUUAUAGCUGUUUCUCUCAGCCCAGCAUUGAAGGCUCAUCUCUCAUCAACCCAAAUGUCUCCUAUUCAACCAUUGCGUCUGCUAGUCCCUUGUAGCUACCCCAACGGCUCUCCAUCUCUCCUGGACAAACUCCCGGUCGAAACCAGCAAAGAGAACGAGGACCUCUCAUCAAAAGCUAUGGCAAGAUUCAACAUAUUGCUAAGAAGUUUGUCACAGCCGAUGUCGCUCAAAGACAUAGCCAAGACAUGGGACUCUUGCGCUCGGACGGUGAUCUGCGAGUACGCACAGCAGUUUGGUGGUGGAACUUUCAGCUCAAAGUACGGUACCUGGGAGAAAUAUGUAGCCGCUUCCUGAAUCAUCAUAUGGCAUAAACGGUAAACUUUGUGAUAUACUUGUUAUCAAAAAGUAUUUAAACCAAUGUCAAAACUGUAGAAAAUCCCACGUUACCCACCGUUUGUUGUAUAGUGUAAGUUUGUAAUCUUCCACGAUAAUGAUUGGGAGCUUUAUCCAUAAGUCAAAGCUUAUUUAUAUGCUGUAUAACUGAAUACUUUUCAAAUACUGUAUGUUGUUCUGUAUUAUUAAUGAAUGUAUUUCAUGGGAA